UACACUUCCUGAUCUUGGAGCUGAAGGAAUUUGACAGAAUUGCCUUUGAAAUGGUGUCGUGUCCGCUUUGUGGUCCCAAACUGUCGAUAUGCUGCACCAUCAUCAGCAUAUGGGGUGUAGUUAUGUUGGCUAUACUUGGAGCGUUCUUCCAAAUUCAUAGCCCAGCGCUGUUCGAGGACAUCCCGAAAGAUGAAGAUGAAUGGAAACACCAGAAUUACAGCAUGUCAUAUGUUCAUGAGAAAUACGAACAAACUGCCCUCAACUGUUUUAUCGCCGCCGGUAUCUACGUUUUCUUUUUCUUCUUUUCCUGUUGUCAGCAAAGAAUGCAUGCAAGAGCCAGUUAUGAAAUGUCCUAAGCCUGCGGUAAACAAGUUUGGAGCCAUGUUGGAUCAUGUCUUACUACCAGUUAUAAUAUAGAAUUAAACGUCUAUCAUAUUUAUUUGUGAAACAAAUUCAAACACAACAUUUAGACAUCCAGAAAGUUGUGAAACCGUGGAAAUCACAAAACGUUUAGACAUUCAGCUAAAUAUCAAAUAGUUGAAAUAAAAAAAAUAUUUAGACAUUCAACCAAUUGUGAAAUGGUGGAAAUCCAGAUUUACAAAUACAUUUUAUAUAAGGACACGGAACAUCUUGUUGUGUUUAGGAAGUAAAAUUAACCUGAAUCUUUCUAUUGAUUUAGAAUCUGGUUUGUCUAUACCUGGUCUUCAAUUUAUAAUGUUACGGUUAUAGUCAUGAUUUUGAUGAACAACAAUUUGAUUAAUGUAUUGAUAGAAAGAAAUGCUUGAUUACAAUGUCGGACAAUACAUUCCAUAAUCAUUGUUUCCUGUAUAACCAAACCCAAGAUUGUCAUGAUUAUUAUAACUACAAGUCUUUACAUAGUUAAUGUUAUCAUACAUAUACCAACAUGGUGUUACAAAUAUAAGUUUGUAUGUCAAACUAGUUGUACAAUCUUAAGUUUGUAUGUCAAACUAGUUGUACAAACUAAUUAUAAACUGUAGUUAACAUUUUUCAGUAAUGAUACAAACUUUGAUAGUUUACUUAAUUUUUAUCAAACUAGUUGUACAAAUCAUAUGUUAUGUCAAAACAGAUGUCAUUAUAAUUUGUACAAAUAGAUUUAGUUAAUAUGCCUAACAACAUAAGGAAACUAAACUUGUGGAGAAAUUUUGAAAUCCUAGUCUGUGGUAUCAGUCAUUAGAGAUAGAUUUCUAUUUGUUAUACAGUGCUGUACAUUUAUAAACAUUGCUUGAUGUCUCAGUUUUACUGAUCAAGGGGAUGCCAUGUUGUAUACUGAUUUUGGAUACUGAGAAUGUUCCAUUGUAGGGAUAAAGAGGGGACAUUUCAUUGAUUACAGCACAUCUGCAAGAUUAAAACCAAAUUAGUAAUAUUACAAUUAUCAUUAUAUGGAAAUGUGCCUGUUAGUUGAUAUUAAAUGAGAUUUUAGCUCAAUUAAUAGCGUUAUUAUUAAAUUCAAAGGGAAUGUUAAAUGUUUCUAAAACUAUCUAUAUUUAGAAAAAAGUUAUGCCCCUUCCCAAAAAAAUGAAUCUACAUUUAUCUAAAUGUAAGUUAUAAAAAAAUAUGGCAGAUUUUGGUAUUAGGUAAAUAGAACAAAUACUUGAUGAGAGAGAAACUACGAAAGUCCUAAUUGUAUAAAACUUAUAGAUGUGAUUUAGAAUACUGAAUGUGGUUGUAUCAUUAUAUCAAUAUUAACCCAGACUGGUGUAGUGUAUUAAUUUGUAGUGGUGAAUGAGAGGAUGUGUGUGAAAAAUUCUUUUGUUACUUCAAGAUGAAUUUUAAUAUAGUAUCAUGUUGCUGAAAACCAGAUUACAGGGUAAGCCUUACAUUGGAGUAUUUUCCUGCUUUUCUACAAUGUUUUAACAGAUCAUUCUAGUGUUAAAAGCUGUUGAGCUAAAGAUAGUUAUCUUAAAGUCCAGAUCUGUAAGUUUUCGAAGUUAUUGUCAUCUCAUGAUCUGGCACAAUUAAGUUUCUAUGUAUUUUUCUAAGUGGUUGUAUUAACAGUAAUUUGAAUGUUAAAUAGAAAUUGAAAAUAAAAGUCUUGUAUUUAACUUCUUUAGGUGUUGUAGUACUAUUUCCAGUUCAAUAAAGCCCGAGUUAAGGAAGCUCACUUCUGGACUGAUCACCUAUAUAUCAGUUGGAUUUUGUGUAUAUUUAUAAUCUGGACUGGAAUCUUUGAUAGUAACUAAAUGUAAUAGAUCAAAAAGAUUUUUUUGGAUUAAGAAUCAGAAGUGCAGUAUAUGAAAAGGUUUGAUAAAGUCAUGUAUUAAAUGCUGUGCAUGUACAAUCCAUAUAGAUGUAAUCUAGGCUCUCCCAAACCCAAAUAUAUAUGGUGAAAUAUGUUAUUUCAUAGAACGUUUCUUUUAUCACUGAAUGUGAGGGAUAUGUGGUGGUGAUUUAUGUUGUUAUUUUGUAUCUAUUUAAUUCUGUGAUGACAUUUUGAUUUCAUAAGGUGUCGUGAUUUUGACAGAUCUGUUGGAGAGGGUAUGACUGUAAUUUGUGUAGGUAAAGCAAGGUUGGUUAGGUACAAUAUUGUGAUCAAUCAUUUGUAGAUGUAAUUAAAUCAUUUACUAGAACAUG